AUGUUUGAUUUAGUUGCUAUUUGCUUUUUAAUAAAGCUCUUGUUGGUAUUUGCUUAUCAUAGUACUGACUUUGAAGUUCAUCGAAACUGGCUCCGUAUUACCUAUAACUUGCCUUUAAGAGAGUGGUAUUAUGAUGAUGUAUCGAUAUGGACUCUUGACUACCCUCCUCUGUUUGCAUAUUUUGAAUACAUUUUGACAUUUCCUGCUCGUUUCUUUGAUAUGAAGAUGCUAGAAACCAAUCAAGAAUAUAAAAGUGAAAAUACUGUAAUAUAUUAAAGAGCGACUGUGAUGAUUAGCGAUCUUCUAUUUUUAUAUGCAAUCUGUAACUUCAUAAAAGUCAGCUUUGGUAAAAAUAAGUAAAAUUAUGCUUAUGCAGUCCUGUUCACUUUCCUUUAGUUCGGUUUCUUGCUUGUUGAUAAUAUCCAUUUCCAAUACAAUUAAUUCUUAUAGGGUAUUUUUAUACUUUCCUUAACUAAAUUUAUCGAGGGAAGAAACAUAUUCGGAGGAAUUCUCUUUGCAUUGGUUCUUUGUUUCAAACACAUAUUUCUCUAUUCUGCACCUGCGAUAUUUUUCUUCUUACUAAAGUUUUAUUGCUUUGAUAAUGGCAAUAAAUUAAACAUUAGAAAUUUCUCUAAGUUAGGGAUGAGCGUCGUUACAGUAUUCUUGAUUUCGUUUCUCCCCUUUUUAAGCUUGGAUGCAAUCAAGUAAAUUUUAAGCAGAAUGUUUCCCUUCUAGAGAGGACUAGUUCAUGCUUACUGGGCACCUAAUUUUUGGGCUCUUUAUUGCUUCGCUGAUAAGGUGCUUUCAACAUUAGCAAGAAAAUUGCUUAAAAUACCCAUAAGUUCUAAGAGUACUUUGACAAGUGGCGUCGUUCAAGUGACUUAAUUUGAUAUUCUACCAGAGAUAAAGCCAAUAUACACAAUAAUGGCUAUAAUUAUUAUAUCAUUACCUCUUUGGUAUAAGAUAGUCAGAAACCCAAAAGCAUAAAACAUCUUGCUUUAUAGCAGCAUCUAAAUGUUUAUAUUUUACAUGCUAGGCUAUCAUGUCCAUGAGAAAGCAAUAUUACUCCCUCUAGGAAUCUAUCAGUUAUGGGCGAUAGGAAAAUAAAGUAGAAGCAGAUUUGUAUUGCUUUUCUCAUUCGUAAGCGGCGUAGGCUUACUUCCACUACUUCCAGAGCAUUCUGAAACUGGACUUAAAAUCAUUGGACUAUUCAUUUAUCAUCUAGCAUAUUGGGCUUACCUAAGAAGAGAUUGCUACAGAGAAGCUCAGAAUUUAGAUGAUUACAAAAAAUUUGGAAUGAAUUUUUUUGCAAAGUUUAUUAUAUUCUCUGGGACAAUAAUUGCAAUCUAUGGAAAUGUUCUUCAUUACAUUCUUUUUUUGAAAUCAGAAAACAAGUUUGAAUACCUACCUCUUAUGAUCCAUUCAGUUUAUGGAGGUAUUUUGAAUUUGUACUUCAUCAUUGAAAUGUACUUAGAACUAUUUAGGUCUCAAAAUUAAAUUUCAAUAUAAGAAGUAAAAUAAUGA